GCUCAUUUCUCAUGAAAUGACAUGCGUAUGUUACAAUGUGGAAUUUUUCAGGGUAGCUAAACGGCACACUGAUGAAAAGAGCUUCUUUGGGGGUCAGUUGCACGUCUGCUAUGCCCCCGAGUAUGAAACUGUGGAAGAGACGAGGCAAAAGUUGCAGGACAGGAGAAGAUAUGUUAACAGAGCAAGCCAAAAUACAGCAAAACAACACGAUCGACAAUUAGAAGAAAGCACAGAGUCAUCAAGCACGGACACACAAACAGCUGCAACACCUGAGAUCCAGAAAGGCUCUGAAAAGGCCAGAAUAGAGAAUGUGGACUCUGACGACAUGGGCUUUCCUGUUCUUCCUUUGCCCUCAGUGGAGAAUGUUUCUUAUGGACUUCAUGGUUUUGCACAGCCAUUACAGUUGCAGUGGACCACUGAUAUAAGAUUACCUACUACAGAGGAUAAGAUGGGCUCUCUACAUAAUGCCACCCCUCCUGUCACAGAAACUUCAAAGCAGUGUACAUCCUCUGCAUCUUAUAAAAAAGAGAGAGAUCUGAGUGAAAGGCGGAAGAACCUGUCACCAUUUCUUAGAUUUAUGCCAAGGACUACACAUUUGGAAAGUAGAAAAAGAAAGUUGGAGGGACAAGCAUUAUUUUUGAAUGAAACUGCUGAAACUGAGACUCUGAUUGGUCCUAAAUUACCAGAGCUGCCCAAGGUAGACAUGGAGGAUCAUUCAUUAAAUGUAACCGCCAAUUUGAUUCGUCAAACAAUGUGCAAGGUUACAGCUGUUGCAGAGGUCAAACCAGUACAAGGAAAGACCCCAACAGCAAAGCCACGCAGAAGAAUUUAAUAAGACAGUCAUGGUCUCACAUUGAGCAAUAUUUUAGAUAUUUAUUUCAGUUUCAGCCACAAAUAUU